AUGCGCCUUUUGUCGUCCAAACGCACCCAGAGGUGUUGUUUGGUGGCGGUAACGGGGUUUAGUGGAUCCGGGAAGACAACCGUCGCGCACCUCCUCGGGCGGCAGCUCCGCUCCCCCUUCCACCCCAUCUCCCUCGACGACUUCUUCGACGCGAGCCGUUGCGAGGCCCUUGGGACAUUCGACGACUUUCGAACCAUCCACUUCGGGAACUUCGUCCGAUCGAUGCGGGAGCUUAAAGCCUUCCUCUCUGUGCAGGCGACGAAAGGGGAGAACGGGGAAGGGGGCUCGCCACGGCUUUCCUGGAAGGUGGAGUUGCUCGCGCGACAGCCGUGGGUUGCGCGAUACCUCGUUGCCGCCGCCACGGAGGAGCCCGACGACGACGCCGUCAGCGGCGAUUCCUCCCUUCUCGCGCAUGAGGAGGAGGGCCGACGGUGGCGUCGCGCCACAACCCCUCACGGCGAUUCGAGCUCCUCCUCUUCCGAUGAAAAAGAGGAGAGGGAGAGGGAGGGGGGGGAGCGUAUUCUCUACGUGGUGUGUGAGGGGAUCUCGAUGUUCUGCGAUGGCGCGGUUCUCGGCCUGAGCGGUAGGGAAGGGGAGGGGGAAGAGAAGGGGGCUCUUUUCGACGUUCACAUCGCCGUUGGGUGCGAUUUCGAGGCGGCCUGCCUUCGUCGUUUCGCGCGGACGCCACGACGGCCGAAUCACCCGCGUGAUCCCCUCCCUCGAAUCCGAAAACUCAUCGCCGCGCGGACGGAAGCGCGGCGGCGAGAGCUGCACGCGUUUCUCACGGCGGCUGUCGACGUUGGGGGGGAUUUUUCCCCCGUGGAAGCGGCGCGUGAGGCGAGGGUGGUGUGGGAGCGGCUGCUCCGUGUGGAGGGGCCGUUUUUCCCACCGGAGCUGCCCGUGGCAGGCACCCGCUUCGCGGAUUUUUGGCGGCGGCGCUAUCAGCCUCCCCACACGGAGGCGGGGAUGGACUGGGCGGUGCUCUCGCCAGACGUGGAGGCGUCGGUUGUGGCGGCGAUGCAGGCGAGCGCCGCCCAGCAAUGGGAGGAGCAGUUGGAGGUGUAUUUCAAGUUCCGCUAUUGGUUCUUCUUUGAGGUUUUGUACUACCACCACCUUUUCAAGCCGCUGGAGGCGUUUAACCUUUCCCUUUACGCGGCGAUGGCGGUUCACCGCGGUGCGAGAACGAUGCGAAUGCUGGAAAUUGAUAAUCGCGGGCAGUCGAACCUAGCAGAGGUGGAAAAACAGGUUGAGGGGGUAGCGGGGCAGAUUCGCUCGCAUUGCUUGUCGAUUCGCUGA